CAAAAGAGAAUCCAAGAUCACACCACUCCUCUGAGAGGAAAGUGAGCUCUCCGGCUUUGUUUUGAAUUUCCCGAGCUUGAAAGAAUGUCACCUACUACCUAUUCUUGAAGGGUAGAUGAGUAGAUGAAUAACCUAACAACCUCCUAACAUCUCUCUCGUGUCCCUGCAUCUGCCAAGGCAAAGGGAUGUAGGGACAGAUCCUAGCCAUGUUUUCUACCUCAGUGAUUCCUGAGGCCUUUUCUACUCCAGGCUGGCAGAUUGAAAAGAAGUAUUCAACGAAAGUGCUCGUUGGAAACUGGGUGGAAGAAAGAGGGAAGUUCACCAAAGCCACUGAUCACACUCCGCAGUGCAUUCACAGGAAGGACUAUGUUCCCAUCUCAGGCCACAGAGCAGACUACAUUUCCAGGUGGUAUACGAAAAGGAAAGCGGAGGGUCUCCCAUGCAAGCACCUGAUCACUCAUCACCAGGAGCCCUCUCAUCGCUAUUUGAUCAGCACCUAUGAUGACCACUACAACCGGCACAACUAUAACCCAGGCUUGCCUGCCCUGCGAACCUGGAGUGGACAGAAAUUGCUGUGGCUGCCAGAGAAGUCUGACUUUCCCCUUCUUGCACCUCCCACAAACUAUGGACUAUUUGAGCAACUGCAGCAAAAGUGGCUUACUUCCAAGACUGGUCUGAAAGAGAGCAUUUAUACGACAUCCUACCCCAGACUGCCAGUGUGUGCUAUGUCCAGGAGGGAGCAUGCCAUCCCAGUCCCUCUCCCUCGACUGCACCCCAUCCCUCGCUUCUAAGAACUACCACUCCACUUGCAGUCUGGCCAGAGCCAGCAGAAUGCCUACAGCCUCUCUGGACUUGACAAACAGCAAACACCUGCAAACAUAUCCCAAGAAUUCAUUAUGGACCAUUGUUUUGAGUGGGGUGUGGGAACCUCUUGGAAUCAUGAUUUGUAUUUUAUGGUACCUUCUCUCUAAACUCAUAGAUUUUUUUUUUUUUGUUUCUACUCCAUAAUUAAAGCUUCUUUACAUGA